AUGGAUGACAGCCAGGUCGACUUACCUGAUAUUGCGUCUUUACGACGGACUGCUCAGAAUGGCGACGAAUCACCAAUCGUAACGUUCAUGGCCUUCACACCACAACAUAUACAGGAAGGAGUUAUGAAAAAAAUUGUUUCUGAUACAUGGACACCGGCCGUACGACAAGACCAUAUUACCUGGGCAUUGCAGUCGCUGCCACAGGAUGAGCUGGAGCAAUUAUUCCAAGAUCCAAUGCUUUUAUCUGCUGAUAGAAUAUUGCUGGUCGCGAAGAGCGCAACAGAGAACUUAGACCCCAACAGCCAAGCAAGACUGAUAUUCGGUACCGUGCAAAACUGGACGUCAGAAGAAAAGGAAGCAUUUGUUUCGAAUUUCAGCAAUCUCACCUACGAGCCACCUCUCGAUGAUGAUGAGGUUGAGAUGAAAAGAAUGGUAUAUGAACGACAUUUACGGGAGGCACAACAAGAGUUUUUAAGACAACUAGAAUCACGCCGGCGAGAAACAACCCCAUCUACCAGUUUAAAUCUGCAGCGACAAGCAGGCAGUGAGAGCGAUCGAGAGCCGGAGAUUGAACCAAGCGGGCUAGAAGACGAACCAGAAGGCGAACCAGCAGUUGAACCAGCCGAUUCUCUGAGUUCGGGUCAGACCUUAACUAUAUCUGAACAAGGAAACAGCCAUGUGGAGCCUACGACAGAUCCCGGUAUGUCGCAACAGAGUACGACUCCCACACAAGCAGAGCUUACUGCGAUGGAAAGUGCGGAUAGACUUAUACAACAGGCCACCUUCUUUGAUGGACUACAGAUUGAGGAGGUCCUCCGUUUGGCCCGGGGCAACGCAGUGGAGGCGAAGUUCAUAUUCGCUGUUCAACUUUACUGGAAUCGUCCCUUAAUAUAUUCGAAGUUGGUUGGAAUGUUGAGCAACGCAAAGGCUUUGGUGGAUAUCGUGGUAGACGAGCCGACUGGGAUUGAAGAAAGUGCGCUGAAUAUCGGUAAAAUGAUCCGAUUUUCCAAGGAGCAUAAGGCUUGUCGCAAGAUGACUUUGUCUAUGGCCCAGUUUAGGCUAGCAGAGAAAGCCCACGAACUCAAACAUGACAUCGAGCAGGAACAUCCCGAGUUCCGCCCGCAACAAAAAAAAGCCGAACUGAACAAGCGACUUGAAGAGAUGUACUUGCAGGUAACUGCAGUAGUGUGUAACGCACCCAUCAUCGAAGUUGCGGAAAAACUGCGGAGGAAGCAAGUCGACCCCGCGGGAGUUACUUUGAAAGAACACUUUUAUACAAAACGGCAAAUCAUAAAAGACUACAAGAACGCGGGAACGAAGCUCUAUCUCUUGGUUAUGGCUUGUGGAGGUGAACGAGGUGCAAUUUGCACCUGGCCCUACUGGGCUACCGAUAAAGUAUCCCACGUGAUGAAGCCGGCCAAGAUAAAGAUGGAAAGAAUGAAGAGAUUGAUAGAGGUUCUGAAGCUGAAGGCAGGAUUCGAUUCGGUGGUAGAUCUGGCGCGGCAUUGCUCGACAUGGUUCGACCAACUCGUGUCGGGCACGAUAUCCCAUGCAGAGGCACUUGAGCUACUAAAGCAGUACGGCCAGCUGAACGGCCUUCAAGAUGCAAUCAGACAAGACCAGACGAUGCCUUGGGCAUCAUUUGAACGAGGACCCACUGAUUACGUUCAAACCCUGGCAGAAGAGCAUGAGUUCGCGGGCAAAAGAUAUCUUUCUCUUGGUCGCCUCGAUAACCCGAUUGUGAUUCCCGUCCAGGAUUUCUCCCUCUUCCAAGCGAACGUUGCUAUCAACGACGUCUUGUUGGAUGCGAUUUUGUCGGUCCAAGAAAUCCCUCGACACAUGCUCUUCGGUCAGUGCAACAAGUAUGGAAAGAUGUACGGAGAGGAACCACACCCCAUUGGCGAGGUUGGUGUGGAAAUCUUGGAUUUCCACACAGUGUUUCUUUGUCCAUUGUAUAUUGGCGAAGUAUAUGCUGCACAGAAAGGGGCGGGACAUUUUGUUGGGUUGGUGGCAACCAUCGACGAAAACGACAGGGUCUCAUUCAUAGGAAUAAACACUCUACCGGGGCACGGAUCCAUGCAAGUAGCGUCAGAGAGCAUUGCGUACUGGUUGGUGCAGAACCAUCCGCGAGGCCCCCAGCUCCAGAUGGAGGGGGAUAUACAAGAAUUACCCGUUAGUAGGCAGAGAGAAACCAGUAAUGACUGUGGGGUUCUCGUUUGCUACCAUCUCAUACACUUCGCGACGCACGGUGUAGUAGAUGGAUCCUCGAACCUAAUACUAGGUGACAUUUUACGUUGCAGAUAUGCGAACAUGAUUGCUAACGCCGUUGCAAAGUGGGAGGAUGAAAGUAGUUUUGCACAAGGAGACGUCGUUGACAUGGAAGGGGAUAGCGAGAUGAUAAUGUAG